UGCUGGCUUCCUCUGCGCUAAAGCAAAACAAGCAAACAAACGAACAAAAACAUAUCAAACAAACAAACAAACAAAAAAGUGGGAUGCUUGCAGUGUUUUGCUGCUGGUUGCCAGGUCUCUGCAUCCUCCCCUGAUAGCCCCGGGUUACUGAUCUUCUUCUGCCUGGAUGAAGAGCUGGGAGCCUGAAGUGGGACGGGCAAAGAGGGGAAACUCUGGCCCCGUCCCGCUCUCCACUUUUAAUGAGCGCUCCGAUCAUGCAGGAGUAAAAGUCCAGGUGGAGCAGUUCAGCGCUCGCACACACGCCCGCUCCUCCACAGUUGCCUCUCAAUGAAAGAGUGAGGAUUUGGCAAAAGAAAAAAAAAACUACGCAGGGAAAUACUUUUUGUAACGCCUGGAGGACUGGUUAGACUUCUCAGGUUGGGAGGUUAUACAAGGACAUCUGGCUGACCCGCUGAAGAAGCACCACCCAUCAUGUACAGAGCAUCCGUCACUGCCAUCUGCCUUGCGCUCCUCCUGUGCUGUGCUUGGGCCAAGCCUGACGGAUCAAAGAACAAGAAACCAAAGCAAGUUGUCCCUGCCAUAGAGUGUGAUGUCAGAGCAGGCAAGAUCAGUCUCCCAGAGUUCAUAGUCAAGUGUCCUGCACACUGCAAGGAGACCAAGCAGCAAGUCUAUGGGACGGGCGUGUUUGCCUCCAUCUCCAGCAUCUGCAACGCAGCCAUCCACAGUGGAGUCAUCACCAACACAGGAGGGAAGGUGAUUGUGAGGAAAAUAGCUGGCCAGAAUAUUUACAAAGGCAGCAAUUCCAAUGGAGUGCGCUCUCUGUCUCUACCUAAGUGGAGGGAGUCGUUUGUUGUUUCAGUGGGGAAGCCCAAGAAAGGAGUGAUCUACCCAUCCACUCUGGACUACGUCCCUUCAAGACCGACCUACGUUAAAACAAGUCAAAAGGAGGCCAAAACCCCACCCAUGACCACACCGCUGCCUGUGACAACAGCACCUGAACCCACAACAACUACAACCCCCGAACCCACCACCACCACCACCACCACCACCACCACCACAACGAUUCCUCCCACCACCACACCCCUACCCCUGCCCACUACCACCAAGGCUCGAGCUGCUGUCCAUAAAGUCAGGGAUGCAGGCAGCAGUCACCCAUACCUUGCCUCUGUGGCAGCUGCAAGCUCAAGACAGUCACACAACGGCCAAGGAAAGAGUUUCAGCCAAGUAUUCAGAGGAAGUGCCUAUCCGAGUAGAUUCCCACAUCGAACCAGUGCAGGUUUGCGCAGACCAGAGACAGGGUCGGCUAUCAGGAGACAGCCAUCCUCUCCAGUUGGCCCAGCUUUUAACAAGGUUCAGUCGGCUCCACCCGAACGGACUCCAACCAUGAGUCAGUCCAACCCCGCUUUUCCCAGAAGGGAUUGGGCCCACCCUUCCUUUCCUCGGCCUGAUUGGUUCCCUGGACCACGACGACCAGCAGAUGUUAGUUAUGCAGCUCCAGACUCAGGAUACACGUGGGGUGAGACAGACACACCUGAGAUUACAGCUUGGGAUCACAGGCCUGAUAUCUCAGAAUAUGAGCGCUGGUUUUAUAACUUUGGACCAUACCUACCUCGCUCCCCUGACUCAGAUGGUAACCGUAAAGUGCCAUUGGAUACCACCCAUACUAGAGUGGAGCCAGUGGAUGCCUGGAAGCCAGAAGCAAACCUUUAUGAAUCAGGUUUCAACGUGAGAGAGCUGGAACCUGUACCCAGAGCACCUGAGCCUGUGUCACAGGGAGACCCAAACUGUAAGGUGGACCUGGCCUUCCUGAUGGAUGGGAGCUGGAGUAUUGGGAAGAGGCGCUUUAAGAUCCAGAAGGAUUUCCUGUCUGAGGUGGCUCAGGCCAUCAACGUGGGUGUGGCUGGACCCAUGAUGGGCAUCAUCCAAUACGGGGAUGACCCUGUGACAGAGAUAAACCUGAAGUCUUACUCCAACUCCAGAGAUGUCAAAGUGGCCAUAGAUAAGAUUGUGCAGAAGGGAGGACUCUCCAAUGUGGGAAAGGCCCUCAGCUACAUCAACAAGCAGUACUUCAGUGAUGCCAAUGGAAACCGAGGAGGAGCUCCUAACGUGGCCGUGGUGCUGGUGGAUGGCUGGCCUACGGACAAGGUGGAGGAGGCGUCUCGGCUGGCUCGGGAGUCCGGUAUCAACAUAUUCUUCGUCACCAUCGAAGGCCCUGAUGACAACGAGAAACAAAACCUGGUUGAAGCCAACUUUGUUGACAAGGCUGUGUGUCGGACAAACGGCUUCUUCUCCCUGCCUGUGACCAGCUGGUUUGCUCUGAGGAAGGCCGUGCAGCCCCUGGUGAAGAGAGUGUGCGACACAGACCGCCUGGUGUGCAGCAAAACAUGCCUCAACGCCAAUGACAUCGCCUUCGUCAUCGAUGGCUCCAGCAGCGUGGGGACCGGCAACUUCCGCACGGUGCUGCAGUUUGUGGCCAAUGUCACACGGGAGUUUGAGAUCUCUGACACAGACACGCGAGUCGGAGCUGUGCAGUACACCUACGAGCAGAGACUGGAGUUUUCCUUCGGCCAGUACAACAACAAGGCCGAGCUGCUGAACGCCAUCAAACGCAUCAACUACUGGAGCGGAGGGACCAGCACUGGUGCUGCCAUCACCUAUGCUGCAGAGCAGCUUUUCAGCAAAUCCAAACCCAACAAACGCAAGAUCAUGAUUGUUAUUACAGAUGGACGCUCCUAUGAUGAUGUCAGAACACCUGCACUGGCUGUCCAUGGCCAAGGUGUGAUCGCCUACUCCAUCGGCAUUGCCUGGGCAGCCCAGGAUGAGCUGGAGUACAUCGCCACAGACCCCGACAAAGAGCACUCCUUCUUCGUGGACGAGUUCGACAACCUCUACAAAUUUGUUCCCAAGAUCAUCCACAACAUCUGCCAGGAGUUCAACUCCCAGCCCAGAAACUGAGGAAGGAAGGACAGACGGACGGACGGACGAAUGGGUGAGGGGAGGUGUAGAGAGGGACAUCUUGAUCCUGGGCUGUUUUAACAGAACCUUGAUUGUAAAUUUACUCACUCUGGUGGCCAGAUGGCAGUUCUGGAUUGGCUGCAGUGUCCCUUUAUUUGAACAGGGAGGAGUUUUGAAUUCGGGGAGGAUUGUGGGGUUGAACAAAACAAAUCUUAAAGUGAAUCAGCAUUUGGUCUUAAACAUACAAAUGAUGCUAAUGGUAAAGGGUUUUGCAUAUACAGUGACAUAAUCACAUCUCAUGUACACUGUGGUGUCAGUUGUUUUCUGUUGGUGCCGUAAAGACUACAGAGUAUCCCUAAUCGUUUAAAAACGGCACUAAUAAGUCACCCUUUUCGAAAAGGUUUAUAUGUUCUAAGUAAAGGUUUUUAAUAAUGUUAAUAAAUCACUCAGUAAUGCUUUAUAGAUAAUUAUAAGCCAUUAAUGGGUCCAUUAAUGGCUUUUGUUGUGUAAUAUUCACCUUGUUAGCAUCAGUUCAUGCAAACCUCUACAAUGCACCAUUUGACCUCUGACCAGCUGGAACAAAGCUGCAAAACAAUCCAGACUAUCAACAACUUUUUGGUGUUUGUUAGCUGCAGAUUUAAUUGAUUGAAUUUGUAACUAAAAACUUGUAAAAGUAAGUGACAGGCUGGAGGAGACAGUGGGAUGUUUACUUAAAUAAAACAUUAGUAGAUGAUUAAGUUACAUCAACGAAGCCCUUGGGUACACCUUAUAGAACCUUUAUAAAGGCUUCCUUAUUAGGACGUGGCACCAAAAUGAUGAACAAAAACAAGAAAAUGGUUCUUGCAGAGAAAUGUAGAUUUAAAGCAUGCCUAGCACUUCCUCUUCUGGCUUAACAUACUUCAUCAACUUAAUAUUAUGGUGCUCUUUAUACAAUUCUCUGUGAAGAGGAUAUACUUUUUGUAGAAUUGGUGCAUUUUGAUCUUCUUAACAGGAGAGAUAUGAUAGUAGGGACAUUGUUAAAGUUCCUCUCACAGACUAUGGUGCUGACGUUGAGUGGUAGUUGAAGUGAGGCUUAUGUUCACCCAACAAGUGGAUGUGAAAGGCAAAUCGUGGAACAUGGAAAUGGACAUGUGUGAGAAGUGAGGAAAGAGGAGCUCGUAUGUCUUAGAGUGAUGGAUCAUAAAUUUGCGGAUUAUCACUCGUUUUCUUUUUAACAGUGUGGUUGCUUCUAACAUCGCAGGCAUUUCUCAGUUUUGUUGAAAGAGUAUUUAUGAUUUCCCUCCUUUAUGUCCUUUUUGUACAUAUGCAUAUUAAAAGCCUUUCGCUAAUAAUGUUCUGAUAAUUGAUCAAUAUAUUUUUUGCAAUUUUUAAUAAAAUAAAGAAAAUGAAGACAA